UCCAUGUGGAGGCUUUGUAUGCACACACUGCUUUUGACUCAAGAUGGGGGGCUUUUAAAACGCGCACAACUAAAAUUAAUUUCAGCCUGCAGGAUAUAUGACUAUCAAAGAAGGGAUACCAUGCAUAUUUAGAAAAAAGGAGACACCUACCUGGGGAUUUGUGGGAGCAGAUCAGAUGCUCAUCCUUCAUCUUGGUGGUGCUGAACUCGCUCUGUGCACAUUAUUGACCGCCAUGGCCCAGGUGGCCAUUCAGGAGGAUGGUGAGAAAACCACAGCUCUCAAAGAUUUGCUGUCAAGAAUUGACUUAGAUGAACUCAUGAAGAAAGAUGAACCCCCUUUCACUUUCCCCAAAACCCUGGAAGAGUUUGAAUACGCCUUCAACGAGAACGGACAGCUUCGGCACAUAAAGACACAAGAACCUUUUAUCUUCAACGUAAGAGAAGAUCUCCACCGCUGGAACCAGAAACGUUAUGAAGCUCUCGGCGAGGUCAUUACACAGCAUGUUUAUGAGCUGCUGGAGACAAAGUGCAACAUGACGAAAGCAAUCUUACCACUCGACGCCACUAUGGAUGAGCCUUCUUCUUUCAUCUACCUGAGCCCCAAUGCCUUGUCCAACCCUUCCAAGCUACUGGUGCUGAUCCAGGGCAGCGGUGUGGUGCGAGCCGGUCAGUGGGCUCGAAGACUUAUCAUCAACCAGGACCUGGACUCAGGAACUCAGAUCCCCUUCAUCACCAGAGCCAUGGAGGAGGGCUACAGUGUGAUGGUACUCAACCCCAACGAGAACUUCCUGGAGGUGGAGAAACCACCCAAGUCCUCUCCGACCGAGCCGUCGGAGGAACCCGUUGAAAAGAAGGAACGUAGAGAUGACAGAGAGGGCAAGAAGAGGAAAGAAUUUUACGAGAAGUACCGCAACCCACAGAAGGAGACGGAGACGGAGCAGAUCCCUAUACGGGAAAACAGUUCCUCUGAGGAACACGUGUUGUACGUGUGGGAUCACGUUGUGUCCAAAGCUGCAGCCAAGAAUGUCUUCAUCGUGGCCCACAGCUAUGGAGGGUUGUCCUUUGUCGAACUGAUGAAUCACAGGGAAAAUGAAGUGAGGAACAAAGUGUGUGCGGUGGCUCUGACGGACUCGGCUCACAACCUCUGGCUACAGGAGACAAGUAAAAGUACACAAGACUGGAUGCAGGAGCACUGUUGUAACUGGGUAUCAAGUCCAGAGCCCCUGGACACUCCUCUGGACUCCAUGCUGCCAGACUGCCCACGUGUCUCUGCAGGCACUGAAAGACAUGAGUUGACCUCCUGGAUGAGUUUCGACUCCAUCUUCAGGUUCUUCUGCGAGGUCCUGAAGGUGAAAGAGGACGAGGAGGAGAUGUCCACCAACAUUGUCAGCACACGCAGCAGCGCCCUCAAAAGCAAACAUCAGGAUUUGUAAAAAAAAAAAUAAUAAUAAUACCCCCCCCCCCCUCCCCUCUCCCCCCUUAGUAGUCUUGGGUCAGCAUGUAAACGCCACAAUCACGUCAAGAUGGCUGCAAAAUGUGCGGACGUGAUUGGGCUGUGCUACCAACAGGGUGCCUGGCACAGUGCCUUGUGGUACACCUUUUCUGACUGUUAGCAUGGAAUUUUUAUUUUCACGUCCCAUAUAUGCAUGACCAUACUUUUUUUUUAAAAGAUUGUAAUGACUCUUUCAACUUUAAAACUCAUUUACCGAGAUACAUUUCGAACACCUAUGCAUUCCUCUCCUCUCCAUAUCUCGGACGAAUCAAACAAAGCGCUCGGAAUCUUUCCGGCGAGCGUAUUUGAAAUCACUUAAAAAUGGAGCAUCAAAUGGAUUUUAGUGAUAUUUUGUUAAAACAGGAGCCACAAGGCAGCUCAAUGGAUGACGCGCGUCAGGAAAUGCAAGAUCUGGAUAUUAUUCUAAGCCUGAAUGAUGUCGGAGAAAAGUACAUUUGUUCUUAGAUGUGACAACGCCGCGCUCAGCCGCACAUAAUCUGACUGUGUGACACAAACACGAUAAUUUUUUUAUUUUUUUUAAGUAUUUUAAACCAGUCAAGGCUUAACAGAAGACAUUUCACAAGUGUCUCGACGUUAGCCAUGGCUAAAUCUUACCAUACCUCCUUUUUAAUUGUGGACUUCCCUUAUUCUGAUCGUCACUAUUGUUUAACUUUUAACUGUGAAAUCCUCUUUCUCCCUCCCGUGUGUGUGUGUGUGUGUGUGUGUGUGUGUGUGUGUGUGUGUGUGUGUGUGUGUGUGUGUGUGUGUGUGUGUGUGUGUGUGUGUGUGUGUGUGUGUGUGUGUGUGUGUGUGUGUGUGUGUGUGUGUGUGUGUGUGUGUGUGUGUGUGUGUGUGUGUGUGUGUGUGUGUGUGUGUGUGUGUGUGUUCAUGCUUUUGAGGAUUAUCUCCAUGCUGUAAUGAGACAAGUGUGGCUGAUGGUUGCAAGGCCUAAUUUCCUUUUAAUUUGAUUCCCAUCUCUCCUGCUUUCAGUAAAAUAAAAUAAAAAGAUCAAUAAAAAAACGAGUCUUGCAUAUUAUUUGAUUUGAUAUGAAUUUGCUUUCCAGAUACCGUUGCUCAUCUUUGUGGCUUUUCACGCAAAAUGUGCUCAUUCUUCCACCAUUUUAUCAUUUGUUCAUUGUUGCCUUGAGGGAACAAACAAGGCUCUUUUUUUUUUUUUUUAAUAAACCAAUGAUGAAAAAAAGCAAAGCCUGAUGAUAAA